UUCGCACUGCGUAAUUCCGCUGUGCUAUCAGACAAGAAGAGUGGGUGACCUUACGGUUUAUUGAUUUCACCGUGAUACACGAAUGUGUACGCACGCACACGCACGCAUCGCAUAAACACGCACACGCCACGCACAGUCAUGCAAACUUUCAUUCCCUGCAACGGAGCAAAUCUAUGUUCACCAACCGUCUACCAAAGAUGUAGGCUAUUGUGCUGCGCUGCAUUGGACAUACAUGAUUUAAGAUGACCAACGAAGAGAGCACACGAAUUGAAUUGAGAGAGACCGGAGGAGAGUCGGACACUCAGACGAGAGCCUCCCCUCUCCCAUCUGGACCUCUGCUUACUACCAACGGAGGACCAGCUGCCGCAGAAAAUGGCGGGAAACCGCAGAUGGAUGACGGGUACGAAACAAAGCAGACAUUUAGCAAGAAGAGGAAAAGGGUCUACAAAAUCGUCUGCCUUACGUUGGUCGUUACUCUCCUAGCGGUGCUCGUUAUAAGUUUAUCAGUCUCGCAAAUAGGUUCAUCACAUAAAAAGACAGGAUCUCAAACAUCCACAGUUGCUACUCUGACCGAGCAAAUCCGAUGGGACCACACAAACAGACCAACAGUUCCCGCUGUUAUUCUUAAUAUAGAUAGUGUAUCGGUCUCUUUAUCACUCACAUUCCCCUCAUCAAUGUACAAGGACACUUACUCAGAUCGUAGCUCACUAGAUUACAGGGAGAUGGAGUCAAACUUUACCAGAAAUAUAGAUGGCGUCCUACAAAAUGGCGAAUUUUCAACCGUCUAUGACAGAGUCACAGUUGAUAAUAUAAGAUCAGGUAGUAUCAUCAUCGAUAUGACCAUUCAUCUUACUGGUAUACCAACACAUCUCCAUGGCAACCUAGCAUCAGUUGACAUUCCUGAGAUGGAGUCAAUUCUCGGGAUGAAGGUGCAAACCAAUUUAGAAGAUGGAUACCCAUCAGAUGACGUAGUGAUUUUCAAAUUAAAUGGUGCUAAAAUCAGCGCUUCAUCUCUGACGACCAUAGCACAAGAGAUCAGUAUUCCUAUAGUUCACAAUCCAAGAUGUUUCCAAUGUUCUUCUAGCCCUGACUGUGUACCACUCUCCUGGGUAUGUGACGGCGAUACGGAUUGUAACGAGGGUGAAGAUGAAAUGAAUUGCUCAUGCGAUGAAGGUUUCUUAUGCAGUAGUGGAGUUUGCGUGGAUCAGAGCUAUCGAUGUGACGGGUUGCCCGACUGUGAUGCAGGGGAGGAUGAAAUGAACUGCACGUGUAACUCAGUUGCAGAAUACAGAUGUCCGUCCACCCAAUCUUGCAUUCCAAAGGGCGCCCUCUGUGACUUUAAUCCUGACUGCCCUCACCAUGAAGAUGAAUCGGAAAGGGUUUGUCACUUCGAUUCAUUUGCUGAAAACAGGAAUCUUACCAUCGGUAGCAGCCGUGUCAUCAGUCUACCAAUCAAUCGGCAGGAGACCGGAUUUAUUGGACCCGGUUCCUUCGGUCUUUGGUUCUUUAGCUCCCCCGAAAACCCGGCUGAAUUUCUUAUAAACGUUACGAUCAGCUUCAGGGGCAGCGGUGGAUCUUUUGUCAAAUUCGGGACCGGUCUCAAUGCAACGCGGGGCAAUUUGGCAGCGUUUACCGAAUCCGACGAAAUGAGCCCAGGUGAUUUGAAUCCGUUUUACGCGAGGAGUGAGAAUAUCUGGGUGAUCAUCUACCAGAGCGAUUAUGACAUCGUAGAGGGCGCUUUCAGUGUGACUGCAACUCCACCAACGGAUUGCGCAGAUGGAGAAAUCGCCUGCCAGUUCUCACCGGAAUGCAUCCCGCCCGGAGGACGUUGCGAUGGUAACGAAGAUUGUACAUUCACCGGUGAGGAUGAGACACUUUGCCUCUCUCCUCCCGAUCCCGAUGAAAUGAACAAUAAUUAUACAGAGUACUCAAGCAGCUCGGAUUCGUUUAGCUCAUCAGCCUAUUUCGGGAACUAACAAAACCGAAUUAAACUAUUAAAGUUAUGGUAAUAAUGAUAAUGAUGA